CUGUGGGAUGUAGUUUGAUGAGCUAGUCGGUCCGUCCUCCUGCUCCUCCCACAGAGGCAGGACUCAGACUCAGCGCAGAGAGGCAGAAUCAGACACGGACUCAGAGGCAGAACAACAGACAGAACCAGACACACACACACAGAGGCAGAACCGGGCACGGACCCAGAGACAGAACAACAGAUAGAACCAGAGGUAGAACAACAGACAGAACCAGACACACACACUGAACCAGACAAGGACCCAGAGCUGAAGACAGACCCGGUCAGUUUGGUUCUUCUGCAGAGAAAUGAGACUGAACACCAGCAGCUACUGAGGAAACAAACAGACAUGGACAAACAGAAAGCUCUGGCCAAGCUGAUCUGGGACCUGCGCUCCUUUCUGUUGGUUCUGGACUCGGAGAACUUGAGUUACAUCGCUCAGGCUCAGAAGAAAUCCAUCUCCGACCUUCUGUCCAAACUGCAGAGCAACGAGACGCCUGUGGAAGAUGCUGAGUACAUGGUGAUGAGCUGCCCAUCGUCGUCUCCUAGCAACGAGCUGCCAGACACACCUGCGACAGACGCUUCCCAGAGCUCAAAGCUGGACUCCAAGGCACGGGAUUGGAUUGACAGUCCUUCGGUGCCGCCGCAUCCUCCAGGGGGUCUAGGAAAUGAUGAUGAUGAAGACACCUAUGAGGAAGCAGAGCCCUACGUAGCGGCUGGUACCGGUGCCGGAACCGGUGCCGGUGCAGACAGAGACUCUGACAGCAGCCACUACGAGUCGUACGGCGAGGACGAGGAGCCGCUCCAGGACCGGGCCCACUACGUCCGCUGGAGCGCGUCCCAGCCCUGCCUGCGACCCGUCCCCGAGGCCCGGCUCUGCGGGUACCUGUGGCGCAGGCGCUGGCUCGGGCAGUGGACCAAGCAGCUGUUCAUCGUCAGACAGGACGCGCUGCUGUGUUAUAAGUGCGCUCAGGACCUGCUGCCGCAGCUGGAGCUGAGCCUGCGCGGCUGUCGGCUCAGCUACAAGUCCAAGAGCAACAGGAGGAUCCAGCACCAGCUCAAACUGGUUCCACUGGGCUCUGAGACGCUGGUGCUGGGAUACAACAGCUUCCAACAGGCUGAGGAGUGGAGGAAGGUGAUGGAGGAGGCUGCAGCUGAAGGGGAGCCAGCGGUGCCGCCGUCCUGCCGGUCCAGAGCAGUCCAGACUGAGGAAGAGAAAGCUUUAUUUGACUGCAGCCUCCACCAGGACAAAGCGGGCCUCCUCAACGUGCUGAUGAACUGUCAGUGGCAGAGCCUAGCGUGUCGGGUGGAGGCCGGCGUCCUCAACAUGUUUGCAGAGGGGGAGGAGGAGGAGGAGGAGCAGAGGCAGCAGUCUCCUCAGUACACGGUCCAGCUCAGGGGGUGCGAGGUCCGAGCUGGGCCCGACACCGAGCGCUCCCACAGGAUCACACUGAGCAUGCUCGGUGACCAGGUGGCCGUGCUGGAGGUGAGGCCUGCGACUGCUCCUUCCACCGCGCGGGUGCCGGCGUCUGGCGUCACUCGUGCUCUCGUCCUUCAGGUCGGCAGCUCAGAGGAGAAGGAGCGAUGGGUGAAGCUUCUGCAUGAAGGAGCUGCCCAUCACCGUCACCAUGACAACCGCCCCCAGGAGGAUGCAGGCGCAGGAGUGCUCAGUGGGCUGCAGACCUGGAGGUUCCCCACGGACGACGCCUUCCGUGGGGGCGGGGCCAUCUACUCCAACACCGCCGCCCUGCAGCACGCGCUCCACAGCUCAGAGGACACGGCCCGAUACUCGGUCUCAUCCAGAGAGUUCGUGACAUACAGCAACAGCGUCUUCACCAGCUACAACAAAAGGCCGGUGGAGGUGGAACGCGCAGUCCAGAAGCUUGAGCUCACCCGGAAGGAGCCGGUGCCGCGGAGGGCGGGCUCAGAGAUCAACCUGGCAUCUGCCGGGAAGCAAAACAAACGCACCUUGUUCAGACAGUCGCUGGCCGUCUGCACUGAGCGUGCUCAGACGGGCUUCCUGAACCCGCUCCUGCGACGCACGGCCUCGGCCAAGACCAGUCUGGGACGAGCUCCGUCAGCACCGUUCAUCCAACACGGGAAGGUUUUCCAGAGGAGGAAGGAGUGGGAAACCAAAGCUGCUGCCUGACCAACAGAACCUCUGCAUGUCGGACUCUCUGGCCCCUUGACCCGGUGAUUCUGACUCUUUAUCGGUUCCUUUUCGUUCAACACUGGACUAGUCCUUAGAACUGGACAGAAGCGACACUGGAGCAUCUGUGAAAACAUCCUUUACUAUACAGACAUGUCUUUGUUAGGUUGCCAUGGUUACAAAGUGCAGCAUGUGACCUUGAAGUCCACAUACGUAUCACAUAAUAUCAACACAAAGUUCAUUUAUUUCACUAAUUCCAUUCAAAAAAUAAAAUGUUUAUAUUAUAUUCAUUCAUUACACACAGACUGAUAUAUUUCAAAUGUUUACUUCUUUUAGAUGUGAUGAUUAUAACUAAUUGAAAUCGAAUUAAAUUUAAAUCCCCCUCAGAAAACUAGAAUAUUACUUACUACAUGAAAAGUAUGAACAGUAAAGCAUGUACAGCGCUCAGCACUUUUGCCUGAAUCACUGCAGCAGUGCGGCGAGUCCAUCAGUCUGUGCCACUGCUCAGGUGUUAGUUAUGAGCCCAGGUUUCUCUGGUAGUGGCCUUCAGCUCGUCUGCAUUGUUGGCUCUGGCAUAUCGCAUCCUCCUCUUCACAAGAGCCCCUCUUCACAAGGUUAAGGUCCUUUUUGUCUGACAGACAGCUGCCAUCGUUGCCACGGCGCCAAGGAGCAGCGCACCUAGCGACCAAGCAGCCAAUCGGAGGACUCUGUUCUGUUCACUACAGCAUCACCAGGGAACAAGCAAAUGUGUAUUGACCUUCAUGUUCACUUUUAGUAUCACUGCCUUUUAUAUGAAACACACUUUGACUAAAUACCGAUUGUCAACACAAUAAACACAUCUUUACUUUUA